GUUUGAAAGAAUGGCGCAAUCUGUAGUGGAAAUGGAGAGCGCAGAGAGCGCUAGACCGGAAAGUGACACUCGACUAAUGAUUGCCAAUAUCGUAUGCGAAAACUUCAAAUCAUACGCCGGAGUUCGUAGCUUGGGUCCGUUUCACAAGAAUUUUACAGCUAUUAUUGGUCCGAAUGGGAGCGGAAAGUCUAACGUUAUUGAUGCAAUGCUUUUUGUGUUUGGAUUUCGUGCCACAAAAAUCCGGUCGAAGAAGGUCAGCGUGCUCAUACACAACUCGGACAAACACAGGGAUGUGCGGAGCUGCACUGUCAGUGUGUGUUUUCAACAGAUAGUAGACUUGCCAGGAGAUGAUUUUGAUGUGGUACCUGGCAGUCAGUUUGUUGUGGCGAGAACAGCUUUUAAAGACAAUAGUUCACAUUAUAUGGUCGAUGGGAAGAAAAUGCCUUUCAAAGAUGUGUCGACUCUGCUCAAAGGAGCGGGCAUCGAUCUUGAUCACAACAGAUUUCUUAUACUGCAGGGUGAGGUAGAGCAGAUUGCUCUCAUGAAACCCAAAGCUCAAACUGAGCACGAGGAGGGUAUGCUUGAGUAUCUGGAGGACAUCAUCGGAUCAAGUCGGUUUAAGGAACCUAUUGAACAGUUAGAGAAACGUGUGGAAGAGCUCAAUGAAGGCAGGGGAGAAAAGUUGAAUCGAGUCAAGGCAGUUGAGAAGGAGAAAGAUGAUCUUGAAGGCGCAAAAGACGAGGCUGUUCAGUACAUCAGAACAGAGAAUGCGGUCGCAGUGAAGAAUCAUGUUUUGCUGCAAAGAUACAUCUAUGAAUGCCGACAGGAGGAAAGGAGAGCUGCAGAAGUGAUUCAACAACAGACACAGGAAUUGAAAGACUUGGAUGAUGUAGUCAGACAGUGUGAAAAGAAGAAACAAGAGAUCACCGAGAGUCACGAAACUGACCUGAAAUUAUACAACCAGUGGUUGAAGGCUCAAGAAGAGGCAAAAGAAAAGUUUGUGGCUUGUGAAAGGAGAGAUCUUAAGCUGAGAGAGGAUCAUAAACAUGCUAGGCAGAAUGAAAAGAAAGCUAAGAAAGGAUUAGAGAAAGAAAAGAGCAAGCUGAAGGAGUUGGAGUUUCUUCCAGAGAAGAGUGAAGAAGAUAUGCAGCGUUUAGAGGAGCAGCUGAAGCUGUUGGAGGUGAGGAAGACACAGGAGGAUGCCAAGCUGCAAGAGGUACUUGCUAGCUUGAAAGAUGCAACACAAGGCCUACAAAAUGAAAAGGAGGCAAAGGAAAAAUUAGUGAUGGAAAAGAGAGAGGUUGCUAAUGCAGCAAAAUCAAAGCUGGCUGUUGCAUCUGAAGAGAUGAAACUGCUUACUGACAAACAGACUCGUGCGCAAACUCAGCUGGAAACGGCCAAAGAUGAUGCCAGGACUGCAGAGGAAACUGUGAAAGAGAGAAGGCAGCUUCUCAAACAAUUAGAAAAAGAUUUGCCGGCAACCAGAUCUCAACUGUUGAAAGCUGAUGCAGAACUGCAAAAGGUCAUCAAACAGGAAGACGAGCUUACUGCUAAAGUGGCUGAAGCAAGAGCUAAAGUUGAACAGGGAAAAGUGUCUCUGCAAGCAUCACAGCAACAAAGCUCAGUGUUGAAUGCCUUGAUGGAACAGAAGCGAACAGGAAGAAUCAAAGGGAUUCACGGACGUCUGGGUGAUCUUGGUCGUAUUGAUGAUAAGUACGACAUUGCCAUCAGCACUUCGUGUGGAGCUCUUGAUCAUAUUGUUGUGGAUACAAUGGAUAUUGCUCAGCAGUGUGUGGAGUUUUUGAAAGUGAAUAAAGUAGGCAUGGCAACAUUUAUUGGACUGGACAAAAUGGAGAGAUUAAGAGCUGAUGCUUCAAGAAAAAUUACCACCCCUCAGAAUGUUCCACGUUUGUUUGACCUUGUUCAGUUGAAAGAUACCAAGUUUGCGACUGCAUUCUAUUAUGCUUUGCGAGACACUUUGGUAGCUAAUACUUUGGAUCAAGCAACAGAAAUAGCGUACAAGGGGUCCAAAAGGUACAAUGUUGUAACAUUGAAAGGGGAAGUCAUUGAUAUUUCUGGUACGAUGUCUGGUGGUGGUGCUCGUGUCAUCAAGGGUCGCAUGUCGUCAAAAUUUCGAUGUGAAGUUUCAAAUGAUGAGCUUCAAGAAAUGGAACGCAGUCUUGAGAGAGAUUCAAGGCAGAUAGAGACAUUGAGGGAAAAGCACUAUGCUCUAGAAGACACGGUUAGUCAGUUGAAGAAGAGUGUGACUGACAUGGAACGUGAUAUGGACAAGUACAGCGCUGAAAUUCAGACUUUGAGUGUCAAGGCUGCUAAUUUAUGGAAGCAGAUUCCUGGUUUGGAGCAGCAGGUGAAGGAUGCGACACCAGACCAACGGAAGCUCAAGUCACUUCAGCUGUCUAUAGAAAAAUUAGAAGAAGAUUGGAACAGGACAGAUGCUGAUGCAGCCAAAGUAGAGAGUGAAGUGCAAAGAUUACAUGAGCAGAUCAUGGAGAUUGGAAGUACCAGGCUGCAGUCACAACAGGCCAAAGUAGAUGCCAUUGUGAGUGAAAUGGAUGGUGUAAAUGGAGCCAUCACAAAAGCCAAAGUCACAAUGAAAACAGCUCAUCGAAAUUUAACAAGAUGUCAAGGAAAAGUUUCAUCACUGGAACAGGAAAUCAAUUCUACGUUAGAGAAGAUUAAGCAUUUAGAGGAUCAAUUGUUGCAGCUUGAAGAAGAUGCUCGGGAAGUAAUGGAGGCAGCAAACAAAGCUGUGGAGGAGGCUGGGAAGUAUGAAUCUAGUGUCUGUGAGAUGCGGCGACAGAUGACUGAAAUUGAAAAGGAGCAGUCAGAGGCUGACUUGAAAUUGGUGGACUUGAAUCAUGCUCUCCACUCUAGUGAGAGUAGAAUGAAAGAAAACUUGCAGAAGAUGAAGCAUUGGAAGAAAGAGUUGGGGAAAAUUUCUGUCCAGUCUCUUGCUCUUGAAGGUGAUGAGGAUGGAGACCAGUUAAGGGAGCUAUCUGACGAAGAACUGCAGGAAGUGGAUGCUGAGCAACUUCAGUAUCAGAGAGCUGUGAUGGAGGAACAAAUAAAAGGCAUGAAACCCAACAUGGCAGCUGUUGAGGAAUACAAGAGGAAGGAAAAGGCAUAUUUGGUUCGUGUCUCUGAACUUGAAGCUGUCACUCAGGAAAGGGAUGAAACUCGGAAGCAGUACGAGGAUCUACGGAAACAAAGGCUUGAUGAGUUCAUGGCUGGAUUUACAGCUAUCACAACUAAACUGAAGGAGAUGUAUCAGAUGAUCACAUUGGGUGGAGAUGCUGAACUUGAGCUUGUCGAUAGUCUGGACCCUUUUUCGGAAGGAAUUGUUUUCAGUGUUCGUCCUCCGAAGAAAAGCUGGAAGAACAUAUCAAACUUGUCAGGAGGAGAAAAGACUCUCAGCUCUCUAGCCCUGGUGUUUGCAUUGCACCAUUACAAGCCUACACCGCUGUAUGUGAUGGAUGAAAUUGAUGCUGCACUCGACUUUCGAAAUGUGUCUAUCGUAGCUCACUACAUUAAGGAACGAACUAAGAAUGCCCAGUUCAUCAUCAUCAGUCUCAGAAACAACAUGUUCGAACUUGCCGAUCGUCUAGUCGGUAUCUACAAGGUUCGUGACUGCACAGACAGUGUGACCGUCAACCCAGCCAGCAUCCCUACAAUGACAACACCUGCCAAACUACCAAUAACGGCCACAUCCUAAUACACAUCUGACGUCAAUUAGCACUAAUACUCACAUUUAUUACUGAUAUUGAUACCAGGUAUUAACAUACCAUUUUACAUACAUACAUUGCACGUGUGCCUUGUUGCAUGGUAAAGUUUGUCACACUGUACUGUUACUGUACACAAUUCUUACGAAUAGACGCUUCUGCUUCUUACA